AUGAGUUCCAAAGCACCCCGAAGCGAGGUAUUUUAUUUUAUUUCCCAACAAAGUAUUUAGUUUAGUUCACUAAAAAGCUUUUAAAAAGCUGAAGAAUGUCUUGGUUUUUAUUUGUUUAUAGCCAACUUAUAAAACAUUGCUUUUUAAUAAGUAAAAUUCUUAUAAGCUGAUAAAGUCUCUGGCGAAACUGCGGAAAUUUUUUCUUCAAUUAUGACUCUUCUAUGAAUAUUCGAAUAAGAAGAAUGAAUUUCUUGUACAGGUACGCAUGGCUUUAGAAUAACGGCACUAUUUCUAGGGUUAUCAACAUUUUUUUGUCUUUUCGAUUUGUAUUAUAUCGAAAAUUGUUUAAUGUUAAGCCUUUUGAUGCGAGUCCCUACACAAUGAUCACGUCGAAGCCGAAAACCCUAGUCAGCACAGCUGAGCUGACGGCGCCAAACCCACAUCGAAGCGAAGUUAGGACUGAGAUCAAGAUAAAGUUAGCAGAGGCUUAGGAGUUUCCUUCGAAACACAACAAGCCUACCAUGGUUCUGAGCGUCGAGGAGCGGACCGACCAGUCGCCUGGCUACGCGUUCCAUUCCGACUACUCCCGCCGUGUCAAAUACAGUACGUUAGAGAAAUUCAAAAACCUUUGUGCUUCUCCGGAUCUUGGGAUAUCUUUUGCAGCGCGAAUAAGAAGCAAACAGGUUGAACCUGUAGACCCGGUGGUGGAAGACACGGUGCGUGGAGAGAGACACUUCCUCAAUAAAAUCGAGCGUUGCAAGUUGCCUAUCCGACGUAUUUCAUUGUAAACCUGCUUCAGGAACAAACGGCUCCAGCGCAUUUGUGUGUGUCCGCUAAACGGGUCUGUCCUGAUCAAGGUCUGGCUUUUUCUGUUUCUUCUAAGAACAUCAGUAAAAUGCUGAAACUAGGACUUUCAGGAGAAGAUGUUGGGAGUCCAGGAGUUCGUGCGGAAGACCAAGCAGGUCUGUUGGAUCACGUGCUGUCCGCCUGUCGCUUGUUUUCUAUCUAGAGUGGAUACAUAUCCUGAAUGUUAGUGAGAGGAAUCGGUUUUAGGUGGCGUUCUGGCCUCCUCGAUGCGAAUAUUUCUUCUUUCAUCAACCUUCCGACGUGCAGGCUAUAGAUAAGGUCGAAUACGAGGAAGAGGCAAUCGCGAUGGCGAGCCGAAAAAAGAAACUUCAAAAGAUCAAAAAAGCCAACAAGCAAGAGGAAAGGUUUCGCGGAAGACAAUUGAAACUUUUUGAGACAUUCAAUGGGCAAAACGUGGAGUAUAGGAAUGGCUCAUCCAUGUGCAGAAGAUGUGAAGGAUGUCGAAGGAUUUAUUCUCAAGACCAAACGGAGAACAGUAA